AGAAACACACACAGAGAGUAUAAAAUUAAAUUCGCCUCCCACUAAAUUCCGCGAAUUGAACACCCAAACCAAAUCCGGAAAAAAAAUGGAGACAGCGAGAUCCGAUUCCAAGCCGAAAACCCAAGUCCCACGAUCCUCUUCUUCAAACUCCGACUCCCAAUCCCAAUCCCCUUACCGUUUCCAAUCCCCUCACCGAUCCGACUAUGGCGACCCUCUCGAAAGCCCUCCCUACGCCUCUCCCUCUGCUUCCCCUGAAAAGUCACUCUCUCCGCUCCAAAACUCCAUGGCCGUCGUUGCCGUUGACACCCACAAGUCUACUCAGUACUCCCCCGCACCUUCCUCUUUCCCGCCGGAUAACCUCUCUGCGCCUCCUGAGCUGGUGCUGAACAAGGUGGCGAGGGAGAGAGUGGCAGAUGGGGUGGUGAGGAAGGUGGGGACGGCGUCGGUGGCGAGGAGGUCGAGGAAAGAAGAGAAGAUGAGGACUGGUGAAUUAGGGUUUAGGGUUAGUGAGAUUAUCAUGUGUUUGAUAUCUUUUGCUGUUAUGGCUGCUGAUAAGAUUCAGGGAUGGAGUGGUGAUUCCUUUUAUAGAUAUAUAGAGUAUAGGUAUUGUUUGGCCGUGAAUGUGAUUGGGUUUGUGUAUGCUGGAUUUCAAGCUUAUGAUUUAAGCUAUCAGCUAGCCACCGGGAAACAUGUGAUUCGACACCAUCUUCGUCAACAUUUUAAUUUCUUCAUGGAUCAGAUUUCUUUUCCUGAGGACCAUUAUUGUGAAUGUUCGUUUGUCUCUCCACAACUCACAUGGUGGGUUCACCUGAAUAGUCUUUGUGCAUGACUGGUAGCAGCAGAGUUCUCAACUCGGCAAGUCCACCUCUUGAUAUUUCCUCUGGCAAAUAACCUUGUGUUGGUCACAGGAAUUGAAGUAGAAUGGUGAGUCGGGGCUAUUCAGGAAACUGAGUGUGACCUUCUCUGAUCUCCCCAAUCAAGAUUCAAUCUGCCCAUCGUAAUUCACUUAAAGUCUAUGUUUCCUGGGUUUCCAUGACUUCUAGUUGACAGGAGAUCCAUUUUACUUUUACCACUACCAAUUUCACGAACAUCAAGCCUCAAAUGACCUGUAUGGUUUCAGCUAAUUUGGGAGGCCUGAAUUAAGAGUGUAGAUGUAGUUUACACCCUUUGGAACAAAUGAAAAUACAACCAUGCACAAUGAAUUGUUUUUUACUUUAGUUUUUGGAUACUAACAGUCAACACUAGUAAGCAUGACGGUUUUUUCCCCUUCUGGUUUAUUGAUACUGAAAGUGAAUUGUGUUUUUAUUUUGUUUUUUUGGGUUCAAACUGGCAGAUACUAGCAUAUCUUCUGGUAUCAGCAUCCUCUUCAGCCGCCACUCGGGUUGAUGACUGGCAAUCUAACUGGGGCAAAGAUGAGUUCACAGAGAUGGCAACUGCUUCGGUUGUCAUGGCCUUCCUGGCUUUUAUUGCCUAUGCCGGUAGCUCCAUUAUAUCUGGUUACAAUCUAUAUAACCGGGACGCAAUAUGAUGGCAUUCACAUAUUAUAUUCGAGGUUAUGGAGAAAGAAAAAAGUAAAAGUCACAUGCAAUUUUUUCUUUUUAAUGUUGUAUAGAGACAAAUUAAUAGUAUGUUUAUCCCUUUUACAUUUUUUUUUCUACUGUUGGGGAAAAUGUAAACUAUAUAUUUGGAUAUCUGGAUUCUGGAGUAUAUGAGACUAUUUCUACCGUCCCGUCA